UCUGAUCUUCUCUUUCUCUCUCUCGCUCUCUACCCAUCUCAGGGCAUUAGGACCAGGGAGACCCCACGAAACACAUGCGCGUGAGCGCGCACAUAACGGAGUUCGCGCUGGAAACCCCCCACCGGAGAGCUCGUGCCGACGGAUACCUGAAAUAUAAAAUCAUUUCCGUCCUGCGCGUGCCGCAGCUUCACCGGGGAAAACGCAAGGCGGGUGACGAAAUGCACGGACGCCCACGGAAUCCUGUUAGUUGACGCUGGAGUGCCAGGAAUUCUUUUCCCGACUUCUGGACGGUACUGAUAUUUGGGCAGAAAUCGAAUCCGUCGUCUGUACCCCUCUGCCUUUUUCACUGCACGACCCUUCUCUGGAUUCAAGUCCUGGGGCGACCGGUCACUGCGUGGAUGGGUAGGCUGGUCCGAGCCCCGCUCUUCAGCCGCGAGCACACAGCCUGCGUGAAAGUGUGUCCGACGCCCGCGCGUUAAAAUGCCUGUCACUCGUGUCACUGACUGACCACCGGAGCUGCUUGUGGAGGGAAAGAGGGAAACAUGCUCUCCACUCUACUUGUGUUGUUGCUGAUGUCUGUUGCUGCGGGCCACAGUGUGAAGUUGUUGUCCAAACGAGACUCCGUGGAGUUGUGCACAGACUGGUCGGUGGACUACCUGCGUUACCGGGUGCUGGCGGGGGAGCCGGUGUUUGUGCGCUGUGCGCUGUUCUACGGCUACAUCCGGGCCAAUCACACGCGCGCUCAGAGCGCCGGACUCCGCCUCAUGUGGUACCGCAGCGCCGCGCUGGGAUUGGCCGACUACGAGGAGCCAAUCAUGUUUGACGGAGCACGCGUCACCAAAGAGGAGGACAACAUCUGGUUCAGACCGGCCGAAGUGGAUGACAGUGGACUGUACUCCUGUGUGCUGAGGAACUCGUCGUACUGUGUGAAGGUGGCCAUGUCUCUGGACGUGCUGCAGAAUGACUCGGCUCCGUGCUACAACUCCCAGCUGCGCUUCUCUGAGAGGGCCGAACUCAGCAAGAGCAAAACCAUCAGCUGCCCCGACAUCGAGCUCUACACCACCCCCGGGGUAGUGCCGCUAAUCACCUGGUACAAGGAGUGUGAGCUGCAGGAGUGGAGAGCCAGUGUGCGUCUGCAGGAGACGUCUCUGGUGUUUGAGUCGGUGCAGGAGGACGACUCGGGAAACUACACCUGUGAGCUGCAGCUUGACCGCUUCCUGGUGCGCCGCACCACUCACCUGAGCAUCACCGCUCCUCUGACAGAUAAGCCACCCAGACUUCUCUUUCCUGCUGAGAAUAAACUCAUCACCAUGGAGAUGCAGCUAGGAAGUGUGGUGAACCUGACGUGUUGGGCCUGGUUUGGCUACAGUGACAUGAGUCCAGUGCUCUACUGGCUGAAAGGAGACCGCUUCAUCGAGGACAUGGACCAAACACGCAUCAGAGAGAGUGAGAUGAGGCUGGUCCAGGAGCAUCUGGGGGAGAAGGAGGUGGCCGUGUCCCUGACCAUCGACUUCCUGGAGGAGGAGGAUUUAGGAAACUACUCAUGCUACGCUGAGAAUGCUGUUGGAAAGAGAUACGCCAGUGUCAUAAUCACCAGACGAGAGCUGAUGUAUACGGUGGAGCUGGCUGGAGGGCUGGGUGCAGUGCUGUUGGUGCUGGGACUCCUCCUGUCUCUGUACAAGUGCUGCAAGCUGGACAUCCUCCUCUGCUACAGGCAGUACUUUGGCAGUGAGGAACCAGACAUGGAGGAUAAGGACUACGAUGCGUACCUGUCCUACAGCAAGGCGGAACCUCAGUGGGGGGAGGAGCUUGAGGAGGAGGAGAACUUUGCCGUGCACAUCCUCCCUGAGGUGCUCGAACGGCAUUAUGGGUACAAACUCUUCAUCCCCGACAGGGACCUCAUCCCCACAGGAAGUCUGAGCGUAGAAGAUGAUUCACAUCUGCUUAGAGCCUACAUUGAGGACGUGGCGCGCUGCGUUGACCAGAGCCGGCGUCUGAUCAUCGUGCUGACCCCCGGUUACGUGCUGCGUCGCGGGUGGAGCGUCUUCGAGCUGGAGGCGCGUCUCCGCAACAUGCUGGCGUCCGGCGACAUCAAGGUCAUCCUGAUCGAGUGCGCGCCCCUCCGCGGCCUCAUCAACUACCAGGAGGUGGAGGCGCUCAAGCAGGGCAUCAAGGCCCUGAGCGUCCUGCACUGGACCGGAGAGGCCAGCUCCAAGCCCAGCUCGCGCUUCUGGAAGAGCCUCCGCCUGGAGAUGCCCUUCCGCCGGCCGCCCCCGCGCCCGGCCCGGCGCCAGCCGCUGGACGCCAGCGAGGCGGGGCCCUUCGCCGACCUGCGCGGCGUCUCGGCCGUCUCCAUGGCGACGGCGGCGGCCCCGGCAGUGGUGGCCACGGCGACGUCGGCGGCCCCGCCGGACCUGCGCUCCUCGUCGCUGACCUCUCUGCGAGGGGUGGGGGCGGUGGAGCGCUACCACGCCACGCUGCUGCGCCAGAAGAACCCCUACCAGCCGCAGGCGCCCGCCAACCUGACGCAGCAUCGCAACUACGAGCUGCCCUACGAGGUGCCCGCGCUGACCCGCACCGGAACUCUGCCCCCACAGCACACCUACUGCAACAUACCACUCACGCUGCUCAACGGACAGCACACACACACGCACACACAUGGUCACUCGCACAACACACACAACACACACACGCUGGGCAAGGGCCGGCCCCAGAGACAGCGCAGCCUUGACCAGCCCUAUGCCAAUCACCAUGCCAUACUGCCGCUGUUGCCACGGGAGACCAGCGUGUCCAGUGUCAUCUGGUGACCACAGAGGGGCCACACACACACACACACACACACACACACACACACACACACACAUACAUUACACAUAAAUGAAAACUCACACCACUCACACACAAACACACACA